AUGGAUGCAGGUAUCUCACAACUGUUUCCGCCACUCCCGAAAGAGGUUAAUACUGACACCUUCCAGGGGAUCGCCCUCACCCUCCCCUCCCUCUCUGCCGAGUUUGGUGUUUCUGAAGCCGACAUCCGGUACACCACCUCCUCCCUCUUCAUCGGCCUCUGCCUAGGCAGCUUCGUCUGGGGGAUUGGGUCCGACAUCAUCGGCCGCCGCAUCGCCUUCAACGCCACGCUUCUCAUCACCUCCCUCUUUGGCAUCGCCUCGGCCUGGGCACCGACCUGGCCGGCCGUCUGCUUGACGUAUGCGGCCCUCGGUUUCGGGGUAGGGGGUAACCUCCCUGUCGACGGCGCACUAUUUCUCGAAUUCCUCCCCGACGCCUCAAGCUCGCUGUUGACCCUGCUGUCGGUCUGGUGGCCAAUAGGCCAGCUAUUCUCCUCGAUAGCCGCCUGGUUUUUUAUUGCUCACUGGCCUGUCGACGAGGGGUGGCGGUGCUUUGUUUUUAGCAUCGGGGUCAUCACCUUUGGCAUGUUUGUCACGAGAUUCUUCAUUUUCGACCUGUUGGAAUCACCCAAGUUUUUGCUCUCUCAAGGGAGACAAGGGGAGGCGGUGAAGGUGGUGCAUGGGAUUGCGUUUCGGAAUGGGAGGAAGACGUGGUUGACGGAGGAGCUUUUGGAUGUUGUUGCUGAUGACGGCCACCGCGGGUCAACCGGCCAUCCUCACCAACCACACCGGCUGUCAACGCUCGCGAUAGUCAGAUCCCACCUCCUCUCCACCUCCCGUCUCAAACCAUUGUUUGCAACCCGCCGCUUGGGCGCAACGACAUGCCUGAUCUGGCUCACCUGGGCGACGAUAGGGAUGGGAUACCCGUUGUUUAAUGCGUUUUUACCGCAGUAUCUAUCCCACUCUUCACCGGACUCAUCAUCAUCAUCAUCAGUGUACACAUCCAUAAUCCUCUACUCCCUCACCGGCAUCCCGGGGUCUGUACUGGCUUACCACCUCGUUGACUCCCCUCUCCCGUUCCUCGGUGGACGGAAAGGGACACUGGCGACCUCAACGCUCGUGUCGGCGGUGGGUCUGUUCGCGUUUGUUCGGUGGGGGAGAAACGAGGUGUUAAGGGUGGUGUUUAGCUGCGUGGAGGCUUUUAGUCAGAAUAUCAUGUAUGGGGUGCUGUAUGCGUACACCCCGGAGAUAUUCCCUGCGCCGGUGAGGGGGUCGGCGGUGGGGGUGGCUAGUUUUUUGAAUAGGGUCAUGGGCUUGCUGGCGCCGGUUGUGGCGGCGAGGAUGGGGAGUGAUGGAGAGAAAGGGAAUGACGGGCCGGUGAUGGUGGCGGGGGUUUUGAUACUGGCUGCUUUUGGGGCCGUGGUUGGGUUGAGGGUUGAGACUAGGGGUGGUCAGAGGCUGUGA